AGAUAACACCCUUCCCACACGAACCUUCCUCAAAAACCUAUAUUCCCAAAUUUCAUUUCAAUCAAAUAAUAUUCAAAUCACCUCCAGAUCUGUUCGAUCUUCAAUCUCAAAAAUGGGGGACAAGUAUAACAUGAAGAAUCCAUCGGUCAAGAGGAUUCUACAGGAGGUCAAAGAAAUGCAAUCCAACCCUUCUGAUGAUUUCAUGAGUCUCCCUCUUGAGGAAAAUAUAUUUGAAUGGCAUUUUGCAAUAAGGGGGCCGAGUGAUACUGAGUUUGAAGGAGGAAUUUAUCAUGGUCGAAUUCAGUUGCCUUCAGAGUACCCGUUUAAACCACCAUCAUUUAUGUUGUUAACGCCGAAUGGACGGUUUGAAACUCAAACAAAGAUAUGCUUAAGCAUAUCAAAUCACCACCCUGAGCACUGGCAGCCAUCAUGGAGUGUUCGAACUGCUUUAACAGCGCUUAUUGCAUUUAUGCCCACGAACCCAAAUGGUGCCUUGGGCUCAUUGGAUUAUAAGAAAGAAGAAAGGCGUGUUCUUGCUAUUAAAUCUCGUGAAACUGCCCCUAAGUUUGGUACUCCAGAUCGUCAAAAGCUCAUUGAUGAGAUUCAUGAAUACAUGAUCAGCAAGGCACCUCCAGUCCCUCAACCGAGCUCUGAAGAUGCUUCAGAACAGCCACCACCUGCCGCCAUUGAUGCGGCAGCAGGUGAACAAGCUUCCGAGAGUCCUCAAGAUACCAGCACCGGGAUUACCGAACACGAAGAACAACAGCGUGAAGAAAACAACGAAGUUGCUGCUGAACAAAUCGCAGAACCUGUAGUACCAAAUGUAUCAAGGCAGGUAGCUAACACUGUACCUUCUGCUUCAUCAUCUGUACACGCGGUGGAACCGCAGCAGCAACAGGUGCUGAGGGUUCAGAAACCCGCUGAUGACCGCCUGUUCACAUGGGCGGCUGUCGGACUUACCAUUGCUAUUAUGGUGCUUUUGCUGAAGAAGUUCAUGAAAGCUAGCGGACAUGGUGCGGUUUUCAUGGAUGAAUCUUGAAAUUGAAAUUUAUUCGCUUAAAGUUUUUGGCUUAUAAUCGUUUCGGUUAUCUGUCGUUAUGUUAUCAGUUAUGAUUUGCUUAAUGGCAGGAGUAAUAAUAUUGUAUAUGAAGAAAUGUUUUAGUAUAUAUAAUUAUAUAUCAGCAACACUUGACGAAUUUGGGCUUUAAAUGUUUUGUUGACUUGCAUCUUGUUCGGUGGAAGUUGUGUUUUUGGAUGUGUUGGCUUAAAACGAUGCUUUUGUUUUGUAUUGGUAAUAUUUUCGUUUGAAUGAACGUCAGAAGUCUUUCGGUAA